AACAACAUAUGUACUAUGUAGCGAUUGUUGGUAGUAUAUAUAUGUAGCCACAUGAGAGUUGCACAUGCACACAAGAAAAGUAAGCGAGAGAGGGUCACAUUCACAUGAAAACCAAGAAAAUGAUAUUCCCUCGUGCAUUGUUUUUGCUGGCAGCAGCCGUGGCCGCCUUCCACGUGGCAUCAUCGGCGGAGGCGGCGGCGGCUGGGGAGUUCCUGGAGGCGCACAACGAGGCGAGGGCGGCGGUGGGGGUUCAGCCGCUGCGGUGGAGCGAGCAGGUGGCGAACGUGACGGAGAGGCUGGUCCGGUACCAGAGGAUGAAAAUGGGCUGCCAGUUCGCCAGCCUAACCGCCGGCAAGUACGGCGCCAACCAGCUCUGGGCU